AUGCUCUGGCAUUCCACCACAAUCGCUACCGCCGCUGCCGCGUCCCUGCUCCUCGGCAGAGCACACGCCAGUGUAGGGGAUUUCGGGGCAGACAUGGCCCUCGCUGGCCGCUCGCCCGUUGCCGUUGAGCGACAGAAGAUGGAGGCAGCAGACACCCGGGUCAUCUUUGCCCGCCAGUCCUCCAAUGUUGUUCUUAACCAGGACGGCACCAUCAACAUGACCGCGUGGGACGAGGAGGCGACCACCGCAUGCAACAACGCCUUAUCCGCGCUGCCCCAGGCUUCCAACCCCUCCGGCACCUGCGUUUGCUAUAACCUGCCCGCCCUCAACAAUGCUACCGGAACCUUUGAGGCCGAUCUGAGGCUGUACCGGCUGUCCGAGCCUACGGACCAGUUCACCGGUAUCCCUCCGCAGAACAUUCAGGUCGGCCUCGCCUAUCAUGGCGCCAGCGUUAGCCCUGUAUCAGCGAACACCGCAGCAAAGAAGGUGAUUACUCCAGUCAAGCGACAAGCGAGUACUACAACAAACCAAAAUCUCAAGCUGCUGCAAACUUAUCUAUUUGUUGGAGAGAUUGACAAGGACAGAAUGUCCCAGUCCAUGACCAUGGCUGAGCUUCAAGCACUCGUCAUGCCUACCAUCACACUGUCUGGCGUCAACUCGGCUGGCCAGUCCGUGAGCACAAACGUGUCUUCCAACGAAGCUGUCUUCGUGGCUGGUGUUUUCUCGCAAGAGGUCUUCUUGUCUGAUACCGCUAAGGCUCAAGCUGCUGUCGAUGCCAUCGUUUCCCAACUACAAAAUGGCACCGUAGCUUUUGUGCUUCCUGGCGUGCAGUUCCUUAUCUUCCCCGUGGGCCUCGUCGUCACCGGUGUCUGGCUGGUGGUGGGACUCGCCGUCAUCGGGCUGGGCUUCUUCGAACGUGUCAACUACCGCGAGUCGUACAGACGGCGAAGCGCGAGAGCUGGCAAGGGAACGACUACGAAGCGGAUAUAG